UAAAAAUACUAGUUUUUUGUCUGAUGAACGAUAUAAUGAGUUGAUAGAAAUUAUUUUAGAACUUAAAGCUGGACGUAAGAAAAAACAGCCUAAAGACUUCCGUUUAAUUAAAAGGUAUGACGUGCUGGUUGUACAAGGAAAAACUAAACUUAUAUUUCCUGUAAAAUAUGACAAUGUUGUGCUGUAUUAUGUGCCCAACAGUGAGCUGUUUGAUGUUUUACAAACCACACGCGUGUCAAUAGGACACGGUGGGCGUUAUCGAAUGAUCAACGAACUUGGUAAUAAAUAUAAAAAUAUAACACGUAAUGACAUAGAGACAUUUUUGAAUUUUUGUGAACCAUGUCAACAAAAACAAAAAGGCUCGAAAAAAAGGAGUAGUAGUUAAACCAAUAAUAUCUUCUGACUUUAAUUCCCGAUGCCAAGUUGAUUUGAUAGAUUUCCAGUCUCAUCCUGAUGGGAAAUUUAAAUUCAUUAUGGUGUACCAGGAUCACCUCACGAAGUUUGUUGUUCUCAAACCCCUCGAAUUUAAGCGAGCUGAAGAGGUAGCUUAUAACAUUAUAGAUAUUUUCACGUUGCUUGGAGCUCCUACUAUUUUACAAUCGGAUAAUGGACGAGAGUUUUCGAACCAAAUAGUAUCUAAUUUAAGAAACAUGUGGCCCGAAUUAAAAAUAGUACAUGGCAAACCGAGGCACAGCCAAUCUCAAGGUAGUGUAGAACGUGCUAAUCAGGAUAUUGAGAAUAUGUUGACAACGUGGAUGCAAGAUGAAAAAAACCGACACUGGAGCCAAGGACUUCGCUUCAUCCAGCUUAUGAAAAACCGAGCUUAUCAUUCUGGCAUUAAAAUGUCUCCAUAUGAAGCUUUAUUUGGCUGCAAAAUUAAAAUUGGUCUAAACACUUCAAAUUUACCACAUUAUGUAAUAAGUACGAUAGAAAAUGAAGAACAAUUAGCUGAAUUAAUCACAGAACAAGCGACAGAAAUUAAUUCAAAUGUCGAAAAUGAAGUAUCAGACACAGAACAAGCACCAGAAAUUAAUUCAAAUGUCGAAAAUGAAGUAUCAGACACAGAACAACUAUUAGCUACAACUACCCGGGCCACUAUUAAAUUAAAUAACGAAAACGCCAAUGUCUUGCGAAUGAGAGCCAAGGAAAAUCUUGAAAAUCAAGCGAAAAAAAUGAUGGCGUGGUCGGAUAAGAAGCUAUUGCCGGUGGCAGUUCAUUCAACUGUACGUGUUCCAGUUCCUGAGGUAGAUAAAGGACGUUUAGACGCACGAAGUAUACUGGCAAUUGUUUUAGAGGUGACAAGUGAUGGUUUUUAUCGAUUAGGAACUCGGGAUGGAGUUCUGAAGCAGUUAUACGCCAGAAGUCAGUUCACAGUAUGUCAGAAAAAGCUACUACAAAUUUACGAGGUUCCAACAGACACAGAAGUGGCGUUACGAACAGUCGCAAAGGAACAGUCGACAGGAACUGGCCAAGGAUUUUUAAAAUGUAUUUGUAAGACCAAGUGUCAAAAUAAAAAGUGCAUUUGCCUUAAAAUAAUGUUUUGUGCACUUCAAAAUGCCAUUUUUCUACAACAUGUUGUAAUAAGUAGCUAGUAGCUUAAGUAAAAUGUAUAAAUAAUAGUACAUAA